AUGGAGGAUAAAGAAAAGCUCAUUGUUUAUUCAAAUACCAGUUCGGUGUUUGCAUAUAGUGCAGAAAUAAGGCCGGAUUUUAAGAUAUCUGUAUCUCAAGGCCAAGGAUUUGCCUGGAACCAGGACCUGUUUGCCACACAGUACCAGCAAUCGUAUAAGGUUGUUUAUGAUGCACACGAGGAUGACUUUGACCAGCUAAUUAGGAAGAUUAAGGGUAAGUUGCGGGCAACUGCCAAGAAAAGAGGCAAAAUGAAGGUCAAGGCUAAGUUUACUAGAACUACGAAGCCAAGAAGGGAGGCUCCCGUCCACGCAGCGGAAGGAAGUGACGAGGAUGGUGAUAGUGAUCGCUAUCAAAGAAUACAAGUCCUUGAAGGCCAUGAGUUUCCAAGGGGAAAUACUUAUAAACCUGUAUGGGCGCAUGACCUUCAUUCGGACGAAAACGAUAGUGCAAUUGAGGGUGGAGAUAACCAAGAUAUAGAUAUGACUGGUGACACGCCAUAUCCAAGGAUGGCGGUAGUAGACAGACCACGCAGGAAGUCAGAGAGAAGCAUAAGCUUUGUGGAGGACUCAAAGACAGGGGAUUAUAGGUACCACAUUGGUCAAGUGGAUGUUGUGGAGGUGGACUCCGACACUCCUGAAAAUAACCAUCUUAAAUCGUUGAUAAUUUAA